AUGGACAUCAAAUGUCUGGGUAACAAACAAGUAUUUACUGAUCUUAUUAUAAGGAAUCUCAGAAAAUUUCCGACAUCUUUUUGCUUAAUUGAGGUCCUAAUUGCUGCAAAAGCUGUCCGUGACAUUUGUACCGUUUGUGAGAAAGGUGUUACAGUUGGAACAAUUGGCACAGAUCGGUGCGCUACGCUGAAAAUGGAAGUUUUGACUUUAAAGGCGCAUUUCAUUGUGACUGUUCAGUUCAUUUCAGUGAUUAGCGAUAAGUGGAGUGACGAUCUCCGACAAUAUUGUUGA